AUGUUUGAAGAUGGAAAAGUUCCUUUACGCGUUUUGGUUUCACAUUUAAAUUGGAAUAAUUCAUUUCCAGAAUUCAAAUUGGUUGAACUUAUACAAAAUAGCGAAGAAUUCUUACUUGAGACUUUUGAAAAUGAAAAAUGGAUCACUUAUGAUGCACUAAAAUUAAAUACAGCGAUUGAUGAUAAUGUAAGUUCUACCGACAAAGUUAAUUCACAAAAUGAAAGAAAAACAACAAAAUCAAAUAAAUUAACUCUCCCAAACGCUCAGAUUCUUAAAGAUCAGGAGAAACCAUCUUUAGAAAAGUCAAUAAUUGACGUAAAUACAAAGUCAAUAGAAUCUGAUACAUCUCCACGAACACAUAUAUUUGCGAUAUCAUCAGAAGUUGGUAAAUCAGCCCCUCAAUCACCUGUACUACUUGAACCUUCAAAGAUUAAACCUCCUCAGUUCGAGUCUAAAACUCCAAUAUCUCUUCAACCUAUUACUUUGUCUCCAACAAAUGUUCAAUCCUUGACAAUAUCCAAAUCCGAAACAUCUCCUAUAAUAAAUGAACAAGUUCCCAAACCUUUUCUGUCCGAAACUCUAAUUUCUAUUCAAAUGAAUAGAUUGAGUAAUCAACCGAAGGAAGCCCGUAAUACAGAGAAUGAUAUCCAAGAAUUAAUUAUAAGCGACGAGUCUUCAACUGAAGAUAUAUCGUAUCAAAAUCAUUUGUUUUGUCAUUCUUUGUUGGAAACAAAGCGUUCACUUUUUAAUAGCUACACGAGUUUGGGUACUUUGGAAUCAUUGCCAAAUGAAAUAAUUUACUUAAAUGGAAAAUAUCCAUUUUCCAUGAUUAUUACGGGUCUUCCUAAUUCUGGUGUGAAUCAAACCAAGAAUACCAUUCUAGAAGGCUUCUUGAUCAAGAAUACGCGUCUUGGCAAAUUAAAUUCUCCUUUUUCGGCUUUAAUAUUCCGAUAUGAUAACAGUGUAAUGACUCUACCUUGUGAAAGUGCUUUAAUUGCUACGUCAGCUAAGCAUUCCAAAAUGUUUGAUCAAGACACUCGAGCAGAAAAAGUUAUUAUAUUGGUGACUUUAUCCAAUUAUCAGAAUAUGUUAAGAUUAUAUGCAAAUAUCGGUAAUUGCGAGGUUAUCCCUUUGUUAUUUUCUGAAAAUGAUUUAUGUAUUAAUGAUAUAAAAUCAUGGAUAAAUGUUGAAGGAGGGGAUGCUCAAAUUCACGAACAGGUUAAAGCAUUGAUUAAUGAGACUCUAUGUUUUUAUACAAAUAGCCAGUUUAAUUAUAACGAAUUUUGUAUUCAAUUAUAUAAUGGAUGUAUCAACAAUCCAGAAGUGAAAACUUUUCUCAAAACGCGAUUGGGCAAAUUAGAUUCUUUUAUUGUUGAAAAGCUGAAAGAUAAUAUAAAUUUACAAAUUAAAAGUUUUAUUGAUAAGUUUGUUUCAUUAAAAGAAUUGUUCCAACCGGGAGCUGCAGUGAUUGUUGACUUGAGUGAUCCCUUACUUGGUGUUAAAAUGGCGUCAGAACUUUUUAAUAUUAUUCUUGGAAUUUAUACCCGGUGUAAUUUAAAAUCAAGUGUGGUUGAGAUUGAAUCUUAUGUUCGUAAGCUUGUAGUUUUGGAUGAAGCCCAUAAG